CUGCAAGAAAGCCCGCUUCUUCCGCCGCUGUCACAAUGGAGUCUUGGAUAUCAUUCUGUGGCCUAAUCCCCGCGGUUCUGAACAUGAUGCUAGAUGUCGCGCAGUUCUGGAAGGAGAGACUUCUGUCUUGGUGGAGAUCAGAAUCUCCCCGGCAGCGAUAUCAGCAUGCCCUGGCUACUGCUCCCACCUACGAGGAAUGGGAGGACGCCGCUUUCGAACUCGAUGAGAUCCUUAGCAUGGACCUCUGGUGAGUUUAUCACAUAUGUAUGAUGGCGAUCCCAUAGUGCGCUUCGAGGCAUCGGUAUCAAACAUCACAUGCUCAGAUUCAGUCUCUGACAAUGAUGGACAGGCGCCAGAACCCAACUAGUCGACACUACGACUAUCGGCUGAUUCUGGGGCGAUUGGAGGCUCUCAUGAGUGCCCGGGAAGAGGAGGACAUUUUGACCUUGGUUAACCUUCUUCGGUCCGGGCUGGUUCGCAAUCUGGGCAACAUCACAUCUCCCAAGAUGUUCCUACAUGCCUAUGCCGGCACAAAACUUCUCAUAGAUGACUAUAUCACUCAGGUCGCGCUCUCCAUUCAGCAGGUCACGGCCCUGCAAACCUCCCCGGCUCACGACAGUGGAUUCACCUCGCAAGCCAAGCUCGAGCUUCUGCAUGACACCCGGCAGGCCUUUGGGCGGACCACUUUACUUUUGCAAGGCGGGUCUAUCUUUGGACUCUGCCAUCUCGGAGUGGUGAGGGCCCUUCAUCUGCGAGGCAUCCUACCCAGGAUCAUCACUGGGACAGCGACCGGGGCGCUCAUCGCAGCACUCGUAGGUAUCCAUACCGAAGAUGAACUGCUAAAAUUUCUCGAUAGCGAUGGAAUUGAUCUAAGUGCCUUUGAUCGCCGGCGGAGAGCGAAGGCGCUUGGCGAAGAUGUAGGAUGGCUAUCGUUUGACCUGGGGGACGGCUGGUUGGGGACGUUAACACGACGGGUUAAGCGAUAUAUCCAGAAAGGCUAUUUCUUCGAUGCGGAGGUCCUAGAAGAAUGUGUGCGGGCCAAUCUCGGCGAUCUGACAUUCGAGGAAGCAUAUGCUCGAUCCAAGCGCAUUCUAAAUAUCACGGUCGCUACAUCGAAUCAGAACGCGACUCCGAACCUUUUGAACUACCUGACUGCACCGAAUGUGUUGAUUUGGUCGGCCGCUGUAGCCUCCAAUGCAACCAACUCCUCGCUCUACCAGCCAGUCACGAUAUAUUGCAAGGAUGAGACCGGCUCGAUUGUGCCUUGGCCACAUUCCCGGGACGCGACUUUUCAAUCGUGGCGCCACGUCCACUAUAACGAUGGCGAGUCCCCGCUGUCGCGAAUAGCGGAGCUAUUCAACGUCAACCAUUUUAUCGUGUCUCAGGCCCGGCCAUACCUCGUCCCGUUCUUACGAUCCGAACUGAAUCUGCUCGACCGACGCCCAACCGGCCAGUUGAACAUCACUCGAUCCUUGAUGCGUCUCGUCGUGGCCGAAAUUCGCCACCGACUCAGACAGCUUGAUUAUACGAAUCUCCUUCCGACCACGGUCGCUCGACUCCUCAUCGAGGAGACAAUCCCCGGACCCAACCUCACCCUCGUGCCGGACCUCUCAUUCACGGACUUGCCCAAACUCUUCCAGAACCCGAACAAAGAAAGCCUUGCGCACUGGUCUCUGAAAGGGGAACGGGGGGUUUGGCCAGCCGUAGGCGCACUGAAGGUGCGCUGUGCCAUUGAGAUAGAGCUCGACAAGGGCUAUCAGGUCGUCCGCCGCCGACGGCCCUCGGAGAAUCCCUCUCUGGUGACCCGUCGCAUGCCCAACGAGGCCCUUCCUCGUCGGCGCAGAGGGUAUAGUAUCGACCACGGAAAAGAUGCGAUCAGUUUCUCGGGGAUUUUGGAUUGUCAAGAUGACUCCAAUUAUUGAUCGCUCAUCGAUCCGCUUUCCAACGAUUUGUCUUGUAUCUCUCGCUUUAAUCUAUUGAGAAUGUAGGGUUUGCCAUUGCAUCAAGCGCUACGUUAGGAAUAUGUAGAAUUCUGGAACCACGCGUUCAAACCAUCCAUCUAGUGAGGCGGCCCAUUUUCAAUGUGAAAGCGAGAACCUUUGUAUCCGUAUCAGUAUUUACUAUUUACUAUCGGUUAGCCGUCGCAGGCACGUGCCCCAUGUA